CCAUUGUUAUCAUGUAGAUUUAGUUUGAAAUUAAUCCUUUUCGAAGCCAUGGGUUACAUUCCUGAUUAUUUCUGCUCAUACCUUCAAUCUUCUUUAUCUAUUAUAAUUUUUAUCUUUACGAUUAUCAAAGCUUGUUUAAGAUCUCAAUUUAUUGAGAUACCCACGAAAUUACACAACCUCCCCCCAGGUCCCAAACCAUGGCCUAUAGUUGGUAAUCUCCCUGAAAUGCUUGCAAACAAGCCUGCACCUCAGUGGAUACAUAAGAUGAUGGAAGAAAUGAACACUGAAAUAGCAUGUAUCCGCCUUGGAAAUGUCCAUGUAAUCCCUGUUACUUCCCCUGCCAUUGCUCGUGAGUUCUUGAGAAAACAUGAUGCUACUUUUGCAUCAAGACCAAAAACCAUGGCUACUGAAGCCAUAAGUAGUGGUUAUUUGACCACAGCUGUUACUCCCUUUGGCGAACAAUGGAAGAAAAUGAAGAAAAUCUUCGUCAAUGAGUUGUUCUCCCCCCUCAAGCAUCAAUGGCUUCAAGACAAAAGAAAUGAAGAAGCUGAUAACCUUGUGUUUUAUGUCUUCAAUAAAAGCAAAAACUUGAACCAUGAUGAUCAUGGCUAUGUGAAUGUGAGGACCGCAGCAAGGCAUUAUUGCAGUAACGUGAUGAGGAAACUGGUGUUUAACACAAGGUACUUUGGUAAAGGUUGUAAAGAUGGAGCGCCUGGUUUUGAGGAAGUGGAAUAUGUAGAUGCCAUCUUUACAUUGCUUAGGUACGUUUUUGCCUUUUCUGUUUCUGACUACAUGCCAUUCUUGAGGGGACUUGAUUUGGAUGGUCAUGAGAGCAAGGUGAAGAGUGCUAUGAGGAUUGUGGACAAGUACAAUCAUUCUAGCCAUCAUUCUAUCAUUGAACAGAGAAUUAAAAAAUGGAGUGAUAAUAAUGGGCCAGUACCAAAGACUACAGAUCAUGCUGAGGACCUACUUGAUAUUCUCAUCAAUUUGAAAGAUGCUAACAAUGAACCAUUACUGACAUCAGAGGAAAUUAAGGCACAAACUCUGGAACUUGUGCUUGGAGGAGUCGACAAUCCAUCAAAUGCAGCAGAAUGGGCAAUAGCAGAAAUGAUAGAUCAGCCAGAUUUACUUGAGCGAGCCACUGAGGAAUUGGACAAUGUUGUAGGCAAACAGAGGAUGGUCCAGGAAUCAGAUAUUCCAAAGCUCAACUAUGUGAAGGCUUGUGCAAGAGAAGCUUUUCGUCUUCAUCCCAUUACACCUUUCAAUCCUCCCCAUGUCGCUAUGGAUGAAACAACAGUUGGACAUUACUUGAUUCCAAAAGGUAGCCAUGUACUGCUAAGCAAACAAGGACUUGGAAGAAACCCAAGAGUCUGGAAUAAUGAGCCCAACAAGUUUAAGCCAGAACGCCACCUGAAAAGUGAUGGAUCUGUGGUUGUUUUGGCAGAGCAAGAUUUGAAGUUGAUGUCGUUUAGUACAGGAAGGAGAGUUUGUCCUGCAGUCAUGCUUGGUACCACAAUGACCGUGAUGCUAUUGGCUAGGUUGCUUCAUGGCUUCACUUGGAGUGCACCUCCAAACAUAUCAAACAUCAAUCACCAUGCUCCACUUGUGGCAGUAGCAAAGCCAAGAUUAGCACCAGAGCUUUAUAUCCCAACUAAAACUUAAGAGUGUUGAAUCAAGUGAUAAUGUAUUUAUUUGAAUUAAAACAUAUCAAUAUCAAUUAUAAUAAAAGGGUUGUUUAAAUAACCCUAGCUAAAAAUUGGGUUAAAUCACCUUUAAUGAGGUGUUCCAAUAAUAUUACAACAUGUGUCUUUAUUAAUCCAACUCAUUUUAUUAAAAGGUUAAAUAUGCUUUAGUCCCUAAACUUAAACUGCAAUUUGAAUUUUGUCCCUAAUAUGCACAAGGAUUUCCUUGUGUAAAGUUACACCACCAAAUAAAUUGUCCCUUCAACCCUUAGUCCAAAAAUUAAUAUCAUCUUUAUCCUUCCCAUCAUCUUCAUCAUUUUCAACCCAAAACAACUCAGAUUCAUCCCAUCCAAAUCCAGAUUAAGAGAAACAUAAUUCCAUCUUCAUCAUCAGCAUUCAUCUUCUUCUUCUCCAUCAUGAUCAUCAUCAACCCACCAUACCCAUACCCACAUCCACAAACCCCCCAAAAACAUAAUUUCAAUUUUUCGCCA